AUGUCGUCUGCUUCCCAAGCUGCCAAAGCUGCCAAGCUAAUUGCUGAUAGGUUAGCUAUUAUGCGAGAGGUGAGAAGUACCAACAUUAGGAAGUUCAAAGCCACCGUUGACCAAAUGAUUCACGCCAAUGAGUUUGCCCGUGGGGAGUGUAUCGUCUCCACCAUUGCAAAGGGAGUUGCAAGAUCCUUUGGCCUGUCACCAAAUGUUGUGGAGAUAGUUCCCAUGCAUAAUAACUGGGCAUCAGCAGAAUUCAUGCACACCGUCUUCACACCAAUGCCACCACCACAAGCAAAAGGAGAGAAGAUACAACCUCCUGUCAAAACCGUGACAGUUUUCAAGGUGAUCAAAGCAAGUGGCAAGAUAAAAUUAAGCGUGAGUAUCUUCCCACUUCAGAGAUUGAAACCAACUUGGAAGAUGAUAAGUAUUAAGGAAAAGCCCAAAGAGCAGAAGAAGGCCCAACUGGUAGAGGCCCAAGCUUUGUCUUCGUGUGUUUCAACGUUUAACGGUAACAAGAUGGAGAAGGGAAAUACAGCUGGUCGUAGUACGGUAAAGCAAGAGAAUCUUAUCCAGCUACACAACAGAUUUGGAGCUCUUGGAUCUCGUGCAGAGACGUGUCACUAA